AUGGCGAGCCCUAACGACGAGUCCUCUGCGGACUCAUCACAUCUGCAACCAACUCCGCAGAUCGCAAUCCAUACAGAUGACCAGAAUACAUCAUUCUCACCAGAACAGACAGAAUCACAUCCUACAACCCUGAUGCCAUCUGCAGACCGGUUGACAGUCAACCAUGAUCCGCCACGAACAUCACAUUCGCUCGAUGGCGACACUCUUCGCACCCGUGCGAAUUCCACCGCCUCUAAUGCAGAGACAAUCGCCAACUCAGAAGCGCCAUCGAAGGUAGUAGAAGGACCGCCCAAGGGCACAUCCAACCCGGCCAACCUCUCAGAGAUCGAUGACGUGCCGCUCUCGGAAGCUCUCAACCCAGAUCCUCAAUAUGCCCAUGAUUUCGAGGUGCAGGACAACCGAUUCCCUUUCUCGCCUGGCCAGCUGAACAAGAUACUCAACCCCAAGUCGUUGGCUGCUUAUCAUGCACUGGGAGGGGUAGCAGGCCUAGAAAAGGCUCUGCGAACAGAUCUCAAGUCCGGGUUAUCCGGUGACGAAACAAAAUUACACGGUAAUCUUGUCUAUGUCCCGGAGACAUCGUCGUAUGAUUUACUCGAUGAGACUGCUGGCAGCUCAAGCGGUACAGAAGACACAGACACCCAAUUCUACGACCGGAUACGCAUCUUCAGCCAGAAUCGGCUACCGGCGAGGAAGACAACGGGUUUUCUGAAGUUGUUGUGGAUGGCAUAUAAUGAUAAGAUUAUCAUUCUGCUGACGAUCGCUGCGGUUGUCUCUCUUUCUCUGGGAAUCUACCAGACUAUCGAUGAAGGGCAUGGCGUCGAUUGGGUUGAGGGUGUUGCCAUCGUUGUUGCCAUCGCUAUUGUUACUAUCGUGACGGCGUUGAAUGACUGGCAGAAGGAACGUCAGUUCGCAAAGUUGAACAAGAGGAAUAACGACCGCGAGGUGAAAGCUAUCCGCUCUGGCAGAGAAAUGAUGAUUUCCAUCUUCGACAUCACCGUCGGUGACAUCCUCCUUGUUGAACCUGGCGACUCUGUCCCUGCAGACGGCGUCCUCAUCUCCGGCCACGGAAUUAAGUGUGACGAGUCGUCAGCGACCGGUGAAUCCGACCAAAUGAAAAAGACAGACGGAUUCGAAGUAUCCCGGAAGAUUGCCGAUGGAACCGCCACCAAGAAGCUUGAUCCUUUCAUGAUCUCCGGCAGCAAAAUCCUAGAAGGCGUCGGCACAUAUCUUGUCACGAGCGUCGGGAAAUACUCCAGCUAUGGUCGGAUCUUGAUGUCGCUGCAAGAGUCUAACGACCCUACUCCGCUCCAAGUCAAGCUUGGGCGACUGGCGAACUGGAUUGGGUGGUUGGGAUCAAGUGCUGCUAUUGCUCUCUUUUUCGCUCUGCUCAUUCGCUUUCUCGUCAACCUUGGGGACAAUCCUGCUAGCUCGGCUACUAAGGGUCAGCAGUUUGUCGACAUUCUCAUCGUAGCUGUCACUGUCAUUGUUGUUGCGAUUCCUGAGGGCCUUCCGCUGGCCGUGACAUUGGCUCUCGCCUUCGCCACAACACGAAUGGUCAAAGAAAACAACUUGGUCCGUGUUCUAAGAGCAUGCGAAACCAUGGGCAACGCAACGGUGAUCUGUUCUGAUAAGACAGGCACAUUGACCCAGAAUAAGAUGACUGUGGUUGCCGGUACUUUGGGCUCGAAAGGGUUCCAGCACAACCUCGAGGACGAGUAUGCCUCCACUUCUGCUAUGGAAGUCUUCAAGGCGUGCCCUCAGGAUGCGCGGGACCUCCUUGUCAAAAGUAUUGCUCUCAACUCGACCGCAUUCGAAGAAGCAAAGGAUGGUUCGCGAGAGUUUGUCGGAAGCAAGACUGAAGUCGCCCUCCUGCAACUGGCACGCGACUAUCUCGGGAUGGACGUUACUACUGAGCGUGCCUCCUCGUCGAUUGUUCAAUUGAUCCCCUUUGACUCUGCUAGGAAAUGCAUGGGCAUUGUAUACCGAGUUUCCGAUGGUCAAUAUCGCCUCCUUGUCAAGGGAGCCGCUGAGAUCAUGGUCGACAAAUGUUCAACCCAAGUGAAUACCGAUGUGGCUAAACUGAUUGUUGAGCCAGCAACCGUGCAGGACAAGAGGCAAGUUCUUGACACGAUAGACUCGUACGCAAAGAAGUCGCUGCGUACGAUUGGUCUAGUGUACAAGGACUUCUCUGCCCAUUCCUGGCCUCCAGCUGGGGUUCCCACUGUUCAGGAUGACCCAGAGUCUGCCGAAUUCGACAGCAUUUUCCGCGACAUGACAUGGCUUGGUGUGAUGGGAAUCCAAGAUCCCCUGCGCCCAGAGGUUCCUGCUGCUAUUAAGCGGUGCCACGAGGCUGGCGUUCAGGUGAAGAUGGUCACAGGUGACAAUGUCAACACUGCUACUGCCAUUGCUGAGUCUUGUGGCAUUAAAACAAAAGACGGCUUUGUCAUGGAGGGACCCAAGUUCCGCCAGCUCUCCGAGGAAGAAAUGGAUAGGAUUCUACCAAACCUUCAGGUUCUGGCGCGCUCUUCCCCUGAAGAUAAGCGCAUCCUGGUGGCUCGGUUGAAGAAGCUGGGCGAAACCGUCGCAGUUACAGGGGAUGGUACCAACGAUGGACCAGCCUUAAAGACUGCGGAUGUGGGAUUCUCCAUGGGAAUUGCUGGCACUGAGGUCGCAAAGGAGGCCAGUUCGAUUAUUCUUCUCGACGACAACUUCAAGUCGAUCGUGACGGCCAUUUCCUGGGGUCGUGCAGUCAAUGACGCUGUUGCGAAGUUCCUUCAGUUCCAGAUCACUGUCAACAUCACCGCCGUCCUCCUUACCUUUGUCUCGUCUCUCUACAACUCGGAUAACGAGAGCGUCCUCAGCGCCGUCCAGCUACUCUGGGUGAACCUGAUCAUGGACACCUUCGCUGCCCUUGCUCUUGCAACUGACGCACCGACUGAGAAAAUCCUCAACCGAAAACCUGUCCCUAAGCAUGCGUCUCUCUUCACUGUGACCAUGUGGAAGAUGAUCUUGGGCCAGGCUAUUUACCAGCUCGCCAUUACAUUUAUGCUCUACUUCGCCGGAGACAACAUCCUCUCCGACUACCUCGACUCUGACCCUGACAUCCGCCACCGCCAGCUCGACACCAUUGUUUUUAACACCUUCGUCUGGAUGCAGAUCUUCAACGAGUUCAAUAACCGCCGCCUCGACAACAAACUUAACAUCUUCGAAGGUAUGCUCCGCAACUACUGGUUCAUCGGAAUUAACUGUAUUAUGGUCGGCGGCCAAGUCAUGAUUAUCUACGUCGGCGGCCAGGCGUUCAACGUCCGGCCGAUUACCUCCGUACAAUGGGGAAUUUGCGUCGCCUGCGCAAUUGGCUGUCUUCCUUGGGCUGUUGUUCUUCGCUGUAUUCCUGAUGGACCGGUCGGCAUCAUCAUUGACGCCGUGACCGCCUCCAUCAGGUUCGUGAUGAAGCCUAUCGGCCGUGGCUUUGCUGCGAUUGCAAGACCGAUCAAGCGAGUGAUGCGCAGACGCCAGAACAAGGAAAGUGACAAACCUGCCGACAGCGACAGCAGUGAUGAUGCAGAAUCCUUGAAAGACCUGAGUGAACAACGCGUUCCUAACGAGGAGCAACAACGCUCCGUGCCUCAAUUUACAUUUACGACCCCUGAUGAUGCUUCUGGAAGAUAA